CGAGUCGCCCCUCGGAGACCCUCCUGUGCUGACCAAGGAGGAGCCAGGCCCGGUGCUUGUCUGCCCUAGGCUCAGGCUCCGGCUCGAACCUGGCCCCAGCACCGCGGAGCGACGUGGUCCUCGAGAACUCACCCCGAUGGCCGAUUCCGCGUCACCCCUCUCCCUGGACGGAGACCCCAGGGCGGCCGAGAGCCUGCUCCGGAGCGUGUUUGGGAUGGUCGUGGAGGAGAUUGUCUGGAAAGGGACCAGCACCUCCGAGAAGGUCUGCGAGUGGAAGGAGCCCGAGGAGCUGAGGCAUCUGCUGGACCUGGAGCUGCGGGCCCAGGGGGAGUCUCAGGAACGGAUCCUGGAGCGGUGCCGGGCCGUGAUCCGCUACAGCGUGAAGACCUGUCACCCCCACUUCUUCAACCAGCUCUUCUCCGGCUUGGACCCCCAUGCUCUGGCCGGGCGCAUUGUCACCGAGAGCCUGAACACCAGCCAGUACACGUAUGAAAUCGCCCCCGUGUUUGUCCUCAUGGAAGAGGAGGUGCUGAGGAAACUGCGGGCCCUGGUGGGCUGGAGCUCUGGGGACGGGGUCUUCUGCCCUGGGGGCUCCAUCUCCAACAUGUACGCCGUGAACCUGGCCCGCUACCGGCGCUACCCGGACUGUAAGCAGCGGGGCCUGCGCGCGCUGCCGCCCCUGGCCCUCUUCGCGUCCCAGGAGUGCCAUUACUCCAUCCAGAAGGGCGCAGCUUUCCUGGGGCUCGGCACAGACAGCGUCCGGGUGGUGCAGGCCGAUGAGAGAGGGAGAAUGAUCCCCGAGGACCUGGAGAGGCAGAUCAGCCUGGCCGAGGCGGAGGGCGCUGUCCCCUUCCUGGUCAGUGCCACCUCCGGCACCACCGUGCUGGGGGCCUUUGACCCCCUGGAGGCCAUCGCUGACAUUUGUCACCGGCAUGGGCUGUGGCUGCAUGUGGACGCUGCCUGGGGAGGGAGCGUCCUGCUGUCUCGGACACACAGACAUCUCCUGGCUGGGAUCCAGAGGGCCGACUCGGUGGCCUGGAACCCUCACAAGCUCCUCACAGCAGGCCUGCAGUGCUCGGCUCUCCUGCUCCGGGACACCUCGAACCUCCUCAAGCACUGCCAUGGCGCCCAGGCCAGCUAUCUGUUCCAGCAGGACAAGUUCUACGAUGUGGCUCUGGACACGGGGGACAAGGUGGUGCAGUGUGGCCGCCGGGUGGACUGCCUGAAGCUGUGGCUCAUGUGGAAGGCCCAGGGCGGGCAAGGGCUGGAGCGGCGCGUGGACCAGGCCUUCGCCCUCACCCGGUACCUGGUGGAGGAAAUGAAGAAGCGGGAAGGAUUUGAGCUGGUCAUGGAGCCUGAGUUUGUCAACGUGUGUUUCUGGUUCGUGCCGCCCAGCCUGCGGGGCAAGCAGGGGGACCCAGAUUACAGCAAGAAGCUGGCCAAGGUGGCCCCUGCCCUGAAGGAGCGCAUGGUGAAGGAGGGCACCAUGAUGGUGGGCUACCAGCCACACAGCACCCGCGCCAACUUCUUCCGCAUGAUCGUGGCCAACCCUGCGCUGACCCCGGCAGAUAUGGACUUUCUCCUCAACGAGCUGGAGCGGUUAGGCCAGGACCUCUGAUGCCCUCGCGCCGGUGGCCCCGUCCCCCUCUCGGUCCCUGCCCCUCUGCAGUCCCUCCCGUAGAAACGGCCUUUUCUGGAAACAGCGCCGCUCCCUAGCACACUCCGGGCCGCGCUGGCUCCGGCGGGUGGUGGGCGAGGGCUUGACACACUGGAACGUCCUGCAGUCACCAGGAUAUUUACAAAGGGAAUAUUUUUAUUGGGAGAGGGAAAGAGGUUUUGGAUAUGGUUCUGUUGAACAAGCUGGAAGUAAGACACUGUGAAAUAAUGAUAUCUGGGCCGUAUUUAGAAACACGUAGCAAAGAGCCGAGGACCAGAAAAAGUUGCCAGAAUGGUCAUAGGAUUCCCUGGGAUGGCUCAGAGGCAAUUUUAACAUUAACUGCUUUAUCCCAUCGAUGCUCUGCUCUUUUGUUAAAUAAGGUGUGAUCCUUGAUUUUGUGAGCGGGAAAAUAAUAAAC